AUGAGUAGCGGUAGUAGCGGUUGCGACAAUAAAAACAGUAAUAGCUUUUUAAUUAAUAAUGGAAUUAAAAUCACCACCAAAUUAUAUACUACUACAUUUAAAACAUUAAAUAUCGGUAAUAUUCAAGAGACAUUAGAUAAGUUUCAUUCAAACAGAGCGGACCACCCAAAGAUUACCUAUGAAGCAAAAAAGAAAUAUCUCGAGUAUUCAAAUAUUGAAGAUAUAGAAAAACUAUUUAGAGCAAUCAGUACAUAUUCUGCAGGUAUACCAUUCAAUAAACUCUCAAUCAGUUUUAUAUGGAAGAAAGGAUUAAUAUGUCAUCACAGAGAAAAUUUUAAAAAUAAUUCUACCAAAUCUAAUUUUUCAUCAAAUGUUUCACCAGUUUACAAUUAUACAGGGUUAAAAGAGCAUCAACCUAAAAAAGAGAAAGAAUAG